CACCACCUGCUUAGUCACAGUCUACAACCUAAACGGAAACUAUGUAAUACUUUUAAAAAUGUAUGAACUAAUUAUAUUCUUAGCAACAGAGCCACACCAACUGCAGCAGGAUUUAAAAUAGAAGUCAUAUGAUUCCAAGAAUAGAAUAGCAAAACACUGGAGAGCUAGUUUAAUAUCAGCUCUAAACAAAAUGGAGGAUACUUCUAUACUGGCUGCUUUUAACAAUAUUUAUGUUGCUAUCUUUACUUUGUUUUGUUUUAAGCUGUUUAUCAAGAUUUGCCUUGCUUUGCUGACUCAAUUUUACAUCGUCCAAGGAAACAGAAAGGAGGCUGCGAGAAUUGCUGAAGAGAUUUAUGGAAUAACUCCAGGCUCCUGGGCAGAUAGAUCCCCACUUCAUGAGGCUGCAUUUCAUGGCAGACUUUUAUCACUCAAGACCCUGAUUGCACAGGGUUUUAAUUUGAACAUCACCACCAUAGAUAGAGUCUCUCCUCUUCACGAAGCCUGCUUGGGAGGCCAUGUUGCCUGUGCAAAGGUUUUAUUGGAAAACGGGGCUAAUGUAAAUUCAGUCACAGUUGAAGGCAUCACUCCUUUGUACAAUGCCUGCUGUAGCGGCAGUGCUGCCUGUGUGAAUGUUCUACUGGAGUACGGAGCCCAUUCCCAGCCUGAAUGUCAGCUUCCUUCCCCAGUACAUGAAGCAACAAAGAGAGGUCAUAGAGAAUGCAUGGAGAUUCUGCUUGCUAAUGGGGUAAAUAUAGACCAAGAAGUCCCCCACCUUGGAACCCCACUUUAUGUGGCCUGCACCUGUCAGAAAACAGACUGUGUGAAGAAACUUCUAGAGUUAGGAGCCAAUGUGGACCUGGGCAGGUUGCAGGACACUCCGCUUCACGCAGCAGCCAGAAAAACAAGCACAAAAAUAGUGGACUUGCUAAUAGAUUACGGGGCAGAUGUGAAAUGCAGAAAUGUUGAAGGGAAGAGGCCGGUGGAACUCGCUGCUCCAAACAGCAUGGUGGAAAGAGCACUUUUACAACGAGAAGGUCCUGCUGCUCUGACGCAGCUUUGUCGACUUUGCAUACGGAAACAUUUGGGUCGAUCACGACUUCAAAAAGUUUCCAGGUUAGAGCUUCCAGGACGAUUGAAAGAAUUUCUUCUCUACAGAAUUUGUUGAAUUUAGCAGAGAUUUGAAGAUCUCCUGUAAAAUGCAGACCAUGGAGCCUUUCGUCAAUCUAAUCCAACCUUCCGCAUAUCAUCCAAACACUCUGUCAUCAGUUCUGUUGAAUACUAAUAAACUAAUGUAGCUAAUGUCUUCAUAAGUAUUACGAUAACACUGAUGAAGGCAUUAGCUGAAACGUUUGUCUACUUGACUUAGCUGCUUCUAGUUUUACCACGUAUUUACCAUUAUUCUCAUAAUGCAACUGGAUUGACAAUAAAUGCAUUGAUUAAAAGGGAUGUUCUCAAUCGGUACACAAUUAUUCCUUGCUCACUAUUACACUUGUAUAAAACACAACAGAAAAAUAGAUAUCCAAGUGGAGAUAGUGAAUAUUUGUUGUGUUAUUAACAUCACAACACAUUUUACAGUGACCAGUGCUUUAUGAUUUCAUCAUCCAUACUUCAAACAGCUUUUUUCUGAACUUAUCAGAAAGAUAACAUACUGGGUUUCAAAGUGGCUUAGGUCACACAUGAAAUGAAUUUGAUGGUUCUUAGUUAUUAGUAGGUCACAUCACAAAAUCAUUAGACAUUAUAUGAAACAAUAUUGGCACUGGGCUGGGGACGGAUGGGCAAGCAGACUGAACUUCUCCAUCAUCCUUCAACAGGAUGUGAAAACUCACAUUGUUACUACAAGGAUGGAAAUACUGCAUAUAGCUUUUCUAUUGCAGGUUAUACUAUGAACAGACAUGCCUGAGCUUGUUACCUAUAGCCACUGCUUAUAUGUAACAUGCUCUGGCAUGUCUUUCAACAUGUAGUGCCUAAAUUGCUUUACAUCAGUUGGAGUCUUAUUUCCAUGUCUGUACCACUUGCACUGUACCUUCUUAAAAUCUCCAGAAACACCAUUUACAAUGCUAAAACAAAUAAGAGACUAAGACUAUUCACAAGUCAUUCAAUGAAACUGCUGAGUUGUUUAUUUUUGUACUGGUACUGAAUUGGGUGUGUUUUUACUUUUUGAAAAAAUAGCGCUCUUAACGUUUUUGAGUAAGUAGCUGCACUUGGAAAUUUUGACAGUACAAUUAAAACAAACUUUCUAAUUCAAAAACAUACAUUAAUGCCACAAAGCUAAGGAACACUGUCAUUGAUUUUAUAAAUAAUAUAUAUAUAUUUAAAAAAACGUUUUUAAUACUUGUUUCACCCUGGAGGGUGUUCAAUAUAUUUAUAUUUAACUUCGAGAAAUAUAACUGCUAUUUUUUCUGUUAAAUGUCGUGGAAAUCUGUAAGUAUUGACUAACAAGUUACUCUGGUAGUAAGACUUUUUGUUUUGUAUUAUUCAAUUGUUUUUAUUGUUAUUGAAUUAUCCUGAAAUACUAUUAUACAGUAAAACCCAUUUGUCUCAACUGAAUCACCUCCCGUAUCACAUGUAAUGAGGCCUAAACUCCUGUUUAUCCAAACGGCAGUAUCAACAUUUUCUGUCUUUAGAGCAGUUCAGAUGAAGGGUGUUCUAUUGUAGUUGCUUACUGAUUCUGUAGAAAAAAAAUCUAUGAAAUUGAUUUCCAGUUAAAUAAACAAAACAACAAAACA